AUGGAGGGGUUGGAGCGACGGUGGCCAAUGUGGUCGCUGCUGGUGCUGGUGGCCUUGGUGCCGACCAACGUCGCGGCGUGGCCGCUCAGCGCUGCUGGCGUUUGCAACGCCGGCAAAUGCAUCGGUGUAGUGUACGAGGGCGAAUGUCGUGCCGACUGCCCGGACGGGCUCGUGCGCGAUCGAAUCUAUUGUGUCACCCUCAAGCCCGAGUGUGGCGAUUUCUGCAUCGAAUGCACCUCAGACAACACAGCCUGCGCUCGCUGUGAAUACUCCAAAGUACACCCAGGCUUGACGCUUGCCUACUGCUGCCCCCAUGCUGUUCCUUUUGACAGAGCUCAUUUCCAAUUUUCACACGCCAUGAUUUUCCUGCAGCUACUUGACGAUGGCGUAUGCGGAGACGAAUGUCGAGCAAAAGCCAAGGAUGGCACCAGCCUCUACAACAGUACUCUCGAGGGCAAAUUUUGCCGAUCCGUGCCUGAAGCAUCAAGCAAGAACAACGACGACGUUGUGGCUGAAGCCCCCACCAGCAUUGCACUCAACCCCGUGCCGAUGGACACUCGCGGCUCCGGCCCUUCCUUUGAUGAGCCAGUGGCUUCGACCUCGGCGACUGCUGUUCCGCAGCCUGGAAUGUACUACGAUGACGUGACAGCAGUCUCCAUCAAGGACCGGAAUCAGUGGAAGCAGACCAUGCGCAAGGCAGCUGGCAAAUCGCGCAAGCUGCUGGACAUUGACCUCAUUCCCGACGCUACGAUCGAGCACAUAAUCGAUGCAGUGCCCGUGGCCACGUUGGACGACGAGCAAGCAACUCACAUCUUCCGCCAGCUGGACACGCUUCGCCCUGAUCGCGGAACCUUUGCCGUCAUCCUCAAGGAAAUGCAGUAUAAGCGCGAGCAGACACCCAGUGCUGGACGAGCCAAAUAUGAGACGAUCGUGGCAGAUUUGACACGUUUUCUUCGGCUCUUUCGGAUGCGAACGGAUGCACGCGAGUUUCCUGCUGACACGGCGCGCCUCAUGCAGUGGGCUCAGGUCUGGGGUGGUGCGCUCCUCCUCUGUGACCAUCUAUUGAGCCAACCCGAGUGCGUGGCUGGUCAAACAAUCUUGGAACUGGGUGCGGGUACGGGCCUAUGCACCCUGCUGGCCGCUGCGCUGGGUGCCCGAGCCGCUUAUGCCACGGACAUUGGUGAACGCGUCUUGGCGAAUUUGAUCCGCAAUGUUACACUCAAUGAAGCACUCUGGGACCCAAGCAAGACGCAUGUCCAUGUACGCGAUGUGAACUGGCUGUGCCCUCCACGGUCGCUGACGAAUCAAGCUGAAGCCUUGCAUCCGCCGGCCAAGCGCGUAUGCCGCCCCACCCAGUUUGACUGGACGGCCGCUGACACGGCCGUGCUCCGCGCUCAUCCAGCGGUUGUGCUGGCGGCCGAUGGUACGCUGUUGCCCACAUACAUGCUUUCCUCGCGCACCAAUGCCUUACUCGAAUGUUCGACCGUCCCCCAAUCCGCAGUGGCGUAUCUCGACGAUGCCACCUACGCCUUUGCCGACUUGUUGGCAUCCCUGUUCGAACAGAAUUUGGCCACAUGUUGUUAUCUUGCCGUUGAGAAGCGGUGCGUCAUGCAAUUACCGGGACGCGCUUGUUGA